UCGAAGCCGCGUCUCCCAAGCUCAUUGCAAAAAGUUCCGUGUAUAUAUUUUAUUAUUUUGCAUGUUUUAUAUAGGAAAUAUUUACUGGAGCAAUGGGUGUUACGGGCCUGUGGAAGCUCAUCGAGCCGUGCGGCAAACCUGUGCCCGUGGAGACUUUGGAGGGUAAAAUUCUGGCAGUGGGUACUUGGAUUGCGCAGUUUAAUGAAAUAGUUUCUCAUUGGAGUUGUAUUUCCCUUGCAGAUAUCUCUAUUUGGUUGCAUCAGGUGGUGAAGGGCUUUCAGGACAGCAAGGGAUCGGCCCUGAGUAAUGCCCACCUACUGGGGUUGUUCCACCGCCUCUGCAAGUUGCUUUACUAUCGUGUGCGACCGGUUUUCAUAUUCGAUGGUUGUGUGCCGCAGCUCAAAAGGGACACCAUUGCCCGUCGCCAGCAGCAGAGGAACAAGCUCAGCAACGAAGCAGAUCGCAUUCAGGCGCUGCUUCUGCAAUCCCUGGCCAAGGAGAAAGUGGUGCAGCAGGCGCUGGGCAAGAAUGCGGAGCUUCUGCUCAAGUCUCCGGUGAAGCGACCACCGCCAGCAAAGAAGAACGACGAGGAUGAUCUGUUCAAGCUGCCGGAACUUCCGGCUGCAACGGCGGAAGUGGAUAAAACCGACGAAAGCGAACAGGACACCAGCGCCUCAGAUAGCUCUUUUGACGAGUCAACCGCUCGGCAUUCCUACAACUCCAGUCUGCAGGCCAUCGAUGUGAAGAGUCAGCACUUUCGCAACCUGCCCGCCGAUGUGCGGCACGAGAUUCUCACGGACAUCAAGGAGACGCGCAAGCAAUCCUCGUGGGGCCGCCUGCACGAGUUGCCCGCCCGCAGCGACGACUUUGCCUCGUUUCAAAUGAAGCGGCUUCUCAAGCGACGCGCCGUUCAGGAGAGUUUGGAGCAGGCGGAGCAGGAGAUGGGCGGUCACACGCUCACCUAUUCGGAGCUGUGCGACUUCUUCAGCGAGGAGGGCAUCGUCACGCCAACGGCCAUUGAACAGAGCACCCGGCAGAUCAGCUCGGAUGAACACACGCGAUUUCUGCUGGUCAGGGAUCUUAAGAAAAAGGCUCUGGAGAGCACCAAGCAGGAGGUGAAAGUAGAGAUGAUUGAGGAGCUGCCCGAAGAGGAGGAGGAGAAGCCCAGCACUUCCACCAAAAAAGAGUCUGAGGAAUAUACUGACCUGGGCACUGAGUUCGAUGAGGAUUUGGCCAAAGCUCUGUCCAUGUCAAUGGAGGAGACCAAGGUGUACGACGAGAAGGACUACGAGUACGACUCGGAUCAAGAGUUGCGGCUAAACCGGGCUCAAAGCAAACAGUUGCGCCAUGCGGCCAAGGGACCUGCUAGGGCAUAUAUGAUUGAAUACGGCGGAAUGAACAAGGAGGAAGUGGGCAACAUCAUGGAAAACACUCAGCUCAAUGACACGCAAAGCCUGGAGAAGCUGCUCGAGACCACCACUGUGCCCGCAGACAUGGCAAACGAUUCGAUUGAGGAGGCCAAACUAAUAUCACAAGCCAUCGAAGAGAGCAGGCAGAUCUCCCAAGCGAUUGAGGAAAGUAAGAAGAGUCCAAACGAGGAUAAGGUGGAGAUGGUAGAUACAGAUACCGAUUCAGACUUGGAAGAAGUUAUGGAAUCCCAAGAGCCACCUAAAGAUAAAGAAACCCUGCAGAUUUGUGUAGACAUCACAAAAGACCUAAAGGACUCCAACGAUCUGUUUGCGGAUAUAUUUGAGGAAAAGGAUGCCAAGGAAAGCGAUGAUGAUGAUGAUGACUUUAUAGAGGUUAAAGAUAGCGAGGAAAUGGCACUGGAUUCUCAAGAUAAUGAUAAACCCAACAAAGAUAAAAGCAUGCAGGAAACUACUCAACUUAAAGAACAUUUUGAUGAAAUUAUCGAAGUGAAAGACAGCCAAGAAAAUAUUCCCUCAGAAGUAAAACCGAAACCUGAUCUAGACUCGAUUUUAAGCGAUUUAAAAAAGGAAACCGCUGCUGUUAAAAGCAUUCAACUAAAUUUAACUGAGGAGGCAAAAGAAGUACCCAAGGUUGAACUAAGUUCUAUAUUAGAUGAUCUAAAAAUGAAGAUGGCCGAAGUUAAAAACAUCAGUCUGGAUCAAGUGAAACUAAGCGAUAGUGCCAUCGUUUUAUCCUCCGACGAUGAAGUGGCCUCGAAAGCCACGAAAACCGUUUCCAAGGAGGAAGUAAUUGAAUUGUGCGACAGCGACGAUAAUAAACAAAACCGCAUUUCACCGAACAAAACGCCCUGCAAGAACAAGUCGAUUAAGGAUUUCUUCGACACCAGUUAUGUGGUCAAGCGAACGCCCGACAAAUCUCCAGCGGCAGAUAAAACGCCUCCUGGAACACCCAAGACUCCGCAGCCCUUCUACAGAAAAAGAACACCAAAGUCUGGACGUAAAAGGGCAAAUGAUGGGGAGGAGGAUAGUGAUGAGGAGGUAUCUUCCCCGAAAAAAUCCAGUAAGGCUUCAAAGUCACUCUUUGAAACGAAGGAGACGGAAAAUAAAAAGACUGUGGAUCCUGAGGAACUUAUAAAGGAUGCAGCCGAAGCCCUAAAGUCGCAGAAGACCUCCGAGGAGCUGCAUGAAAUGGCCAGCAACUUGGCCCAGGAACGCAAGGAGCUGGAGAUCGAACGCAACCGGCAGGACCGCAUGGGGAUGUCCAUCAGUCAGCGCAUGAGCAUCGAUUGCCAGGAGCUGCUGCGCCUUUUCGGCAUCCCGUACAUUGUUGCGCCCAUGGAGGCGGAGGCGCAAUGCGCCUUCCUCAACGCCACCGAUCUCACCCACGGCACCAUAACGGAUGACAGCGAUAUCUGGCUGUUCGGCGGUCGAACUGUUUACAAGAACUUCUUUGCCCAGAACAAGCAUGUGCUGGAAUUUCGGGCGGAACAAAUCGAGCAAACGUUCAACUGCAACAGGGGCAAACUGAUCCAGCUGGCCUGCUUGGUGGGCAGCGACUACACCACCGGAAUCCAUGGCAUUGGUGCUGUGACGGCCCUGGAGAUUCUGGCCUCCUUUUCCGGCCAGGAAGCGAGUGUCCCAAGUGCCUGCAAUCAAUCGGUGCUGCAGACAUUGAUCAAGUUUCGCGAUUGGUGGCAGGCACACAAGAACAGUAAUCUUCCGCCCGGCAGCUCAGCAAGACUUUCGCUCCGCAAGAAACUGAAGAACAUCGAGCUGCACGAGGGAUUCCCCAAUGGGGCUGUGGUGGAGGCUUAUCUAGAUCCCACGAUCGACGACAAUCGGGAUGCUUUCAGCUGGGGCACACCGGACGUGGAAUCGAUAAGGGAAUUCACGCGAAAGUCCUUCGGUUGGACCACUUCGAAAACCGAUGACAUUCUCAUGCCGGUUAUGAAAAAGAUCAACGAAAAGAAGAUCCAGGGAUCCAUCCGCAAUUAUUUUACGGCCAAGAGUGCUUUGCGAGUUCAGCAGCCACAAGUCAGUAAACGUGUGCAACUGGCGAUUGAUAAGAUGUCGGGAAAGAUCGAUGACACGCCGGAGAAGCCAAAGAAGGUGACACGCGCAAAACGGGCUAAGGCUGCUCCUGUGGCAGGUGAUAAUGUAGAAGGCGAGCCUGCAACCUCCCGUCCCAAACGUGGCAAGCGAAAGUCUCCAACUGAAUCGGAAGUGGCGGAUGCGGAACAACCUUCUACUUCACAGUUCGCUACUUCAAAGCCAGAGAAAUGUCCUCGGAUACCCAACACCGUGGAAGUGAUUCCUCAGAGGGAAAAGGACCUGGAGCAGAUGCGUCUAAACAAGGCCAAGGCAGCGGAGAUCCUAAAGAAAUCAGCGAAAACCAAGAAAAAUUAAUCUU